CGUCAACAUUGAACUUUUAUCCAAUCCCAUUAAGAACUUCUAGAUGAAAACAUUUUGGAAUAGAUUUUGUUCAUAGCAUACUCCAAAAUCAUGUUCUAUGAUUCUUCCUUUCACAUACUUCAUUCUAUUGUGUUGUAUAAAUCAACUGUUCAAAGUUUAAUUCACAGAAGUAUCCCUGCUUCCAAUGCUUCUUUUCGGUUCUUCACCCAAGUCCAUUUUUCAUUCCACCAUGUUUUUAUGCAUUGCGAUUCGAAACUGGAGAUUCUUUUCAUUCACCACUGCCACCAAUGGUUUUGCUUCUACUUCAUCUAUCUCCUCAAAUCCUUUCACCAUCAUCAAAUCGCACAAGCAUACACUCUUCCACUACCUAAAUAAUCGAACUUUAGACCAAGCUCGUGCCUUUUUCGAUCAAAUCCCUUCCCCCCAUGUUUCCCUCUACACCAUAAUGCUUCAUGCUUACGCUAGCAACCAUAGACUCCGCGAAGCUAUCGACCUCUUUCGUCAAAUUCCCUUCAAGGACGUCGUUUCCUGGAACGCCAUGAUUAAGGGGUGUCUCCAUUGCGGCGAUAUGGUCACCGCCAGGAAGUUGUUCGACGAAAUGCCCCACCGAACCGUUGUGUCGUGGACCACCCUCGUCGAUGGGUUACUUCGCUUGGGAGUUGUCGAGGAGGCUGAAGCCUUGUUCUGGUCAAUGGACCCUUUGGACAGGGAUGUGGCUUCGUGGAAUGCAAUGAUUCAUGGGUAUUGUGGUAAUGGUAGAGUUCAUGAUGCUUUGCGCUUGUUCCGCCAAAUGCCUUCUAAGGAUGAUAUUUCUUGGAGUUGUAUCAUUUCUGGGCUUGAUCACAAUGGGGAGAGUGAACAAGCAUUGGUUGUUUUUCGCGACAUGGUGGCUUCUGGUGUCUGUCCAUCUUCUGUUGGCUUGGUUUGUGGGUUGUCUGCUGCUGCUAAGAUACUGGCUUUUCACGUGGGGAUUCAAAUUCAUUGCUCUGCUCUCAAGCUGGGUGACUGGCGUUUUGAUGAAUUUGUAUCUUCUUCUCUGGUUACGUUUUAUAGUUGUUGCAAACAGAUGGAAUCUGCGUGUUGGGUUUUUGGUGAGGCACUUUGUAAGAAUGUGGUGGUUUGCACAGCACUAUUGACGGGGUAUGGUUUCAAUGAUAAGCAUCCAGAGGCGUUAGAGGUGUUUAGACAAAUGAUGAGAAUUGGUGUGAUUCCCAAUGAGUCUUCCUUCACCAGUGCUCUGAAUUCUUGUUGUGGAUUGGAGGAUCUUGAGAGGGGGAAAGUGAUCCAUGCCGAGGUGGUUAAGAUGGGUUUGGAAAGUGGUGGAUAUGUGGGAGGUUCUCUAGUUGUUAUGUAUAGUAAAUGUGGUUAUGUCAGUGAUGCAGUUUCUGUGUUUAAGGGGAUUAAUGAAAAGAGUGUUGUCUCGUGGAACACCGUCAUUGUUGGUUGUGCACAGCAUGGAUGUGGCAUGUGGGUUCUAGCAUUCUUUAAUCAAAUGCUGCGUCAAAGAGUUGAUCCAAAUGGAGUCACAUUAACCGGUUUGCUUUCUGCCUGUAGUCGCUCUGGUAUGUUACAGAAAGCAAGGUGCAUCUUCAGAUACUUUGGCCAGGAAAGGUCAGUUACACUAACGAUUGAGCACUACACAAGCAUGGUGGAUGUGCUUGGCCGGUGUGGAGAGCUUGAGGAAGCAGAAGCACUGGUGAUGAGCAUGCCAAUGAAAGCAAAUUCUAUGGUAUGGUUGGCUUUACUGAGUGCAUGCAGGAAACACUCUAAUAUAGAUGUAGCUGAAAGAGCUGCAAAUCGGAUAUUUGAAAUGGAACCUGAUUGUAGUGCUGCGUAUGUAUUGCUCUCAAACUUGUAUGCUUCUUCGAGCAGAUGGGCUGAAGCAGCUUUGAUACGUAAAAGAAUGAAACAUAAUGGAGUUGUGAAACAACCAGGAUCCAGUUGGGUAACCUUAAAAGGACAAAAGCACAACUUUCUCUCUGCAGAUAGGUCACAUCCUCUUACUGAGAAAAUUUAUCAAACGCUAGAGUGGUUAGGAGUGAAGUUAAAGGAAUUAGGUUAUGUUCCAGAUCAACAAUUUGCGUUGCAUGAUGUGGAGACUGAGCAAAAAGAAGAAAUGCUGUCUUACCACAGUGAAAGGCUUGCAAUUGCAUUUGCGCUGCUUAGCACUGUGGAAGGAAGUAGAAUAACAGUAAUGAAAAAUCUACGAGUAUGUGGCGAUUGUCAUUCUGCAAUAAAGCUUAUGACACACAUUGUUGAUCGUGAGAUUGUAGUACGUGAUUCUAGCCGCUUUCAUCACUUUAAGAAUGGUAUAUGCUCCUGUGGAGAUUAUUGGUAGGACAUUGUUCGUGCAAAAGAGUCUAAUUUAUUACCCACACGGGAUCACACUUCUUAAAAACCAGGGAAGAAGAAAACGAUGAAUGUGAGUGACUAUUUGUUUGCUCUGCACCGCAGAUCCUUGGUAAAGAUAACGAAGGAGGAAGAGAAAAUGGGCGUGUUACAUUGAUUGUCGUUGGUAAACUUAUCAACAAAAGGAUAAGGUUAUGAGCUAUAAAAGAACAAGGACAUUUUAUGAGAAAGAUCCAAAUGAAAAACAAAAGAAGAAACACAUUCUAUGAGCCACAAACAAGGACAGUUUUCCAGCCAACACAGUUGGCAAAGUAGAGUUGAAGCAGCAAACAUGCUUGGUUUGGAGGAUGGUGUUUAGGGUCGUAAGUCCUAACAAUUUUAGAAGAGAACAGAGCCUGCAGAAGAUUUAGGUGAAGAGAAAUUGUUUUGGCCGCUGGUGAAUAUAUGUGUAAGAAGGGGAGGGGCUAAGUUGCUCCAUAGGGGACAUGGCCACGAAAUUCUUUCAAUUACUUUAUGUAUAAAGUUCACUAUAUAGUCUAAGAGAAAAGAUCAAAAUUUAUGAGAGGAUAAAAGAGGGUUAUUAUUACUUUAUGUAUAAAGUUCACUAUUUAGUUUUAUCAAUCUCACAA